AUGAAACUUGAGCGGCUUGGUGCAGCACAUUCAGUUGAAGAACAUCACAAACGAGAGAUCCAGCUGGGAUUCAGUAUCGGUUUCAUUACUGUAGUCCAUGGUGCAUGCGUAAACACUAAGGAGGAGCUGGUGGCUGCUUGGGGUGAUAGUCUGCACAACAGCGCUGACGGUCGCGGUUUACGAGAGUUGGUCACUUCGCCUCUCUCGAAUCGAUGGCUCGUAUUCCCAGAACGAGUGUUUCCACGGAUAUUCAUCCGCGGUAUCCAGCUCCGAUGCAACCUGCUUAGGACGAGAGUUAGAAGCGCUCGGCAUGGUCAUGGUGGCCAGACGAUCUUAUGUCGUGGAAACUGUGGCCAACCGGAGAGUUUGGUGCAUAUUUUGCAAUCCUGCUGGAUUACGCAUGAUGCCAGAUGUGCUCGUCAUAAUCGGGUUGCAAGGGAACUUGCAAAACGUCUCCGUCGACUGGGGUACACCGUCUUCGAGGAGUUGAGAGCCCCUACUUCUACGUCGUUCAUCAAACCUGACCUAAUCGCUGUUCGAGAUCGCCGUGCAACUGUAAUAGACGUCAGCAUAGUCUCGGAUGGGCGUGGAGUGAUAGUGUGGAAUGAGAAGAAGCAGAAGUAUGAUGCUGAUGAAUAUUCCCUCGCCAUAAUCUCAGCCCUACAUGCCAUCGGUUGUGAUGUCGACUUUUUGGUUCACCAACCGAUGAUCAUCUCUUAUCGAGGGAUCUGCUUUCCUCAGUCCGCUAAGGCUGUUAUUGGACUGGGACUUCCCAAGGUAGCAGUCAGUGACUUGUGUUUUCUUGCCAUUGUGGGCUCCCUACGUACUUAUGACACUUUUAUGCGUGGUACAUGGCGUUGA